GGUGCCCAAAGUGGGGCCCGCGGGCCAAGCUUGGCCCACGGAACAUUUGUUUUGGCCUGCGGGGACAUUUCUUGGCCCCCCACAAUUUAUUAUGCCACCCCAGUUGUCAGGUCAAGCAGCUCCCAGCCCGCCAAUAAAACAAGGAGAAGAAGAAGAAGAAAAAAGAAGAAGAAGAAGAAGAAGAACAACAACAACAACAACAACAACACGAAGAACGGAGCAGUAGCAAGCAACAUGGAGAGCAGUAGACAGUGGCACACAGACAAAAGUCAUUUUAAACGAACCUGGGAGGAAGAAUAUUUUUUUACGGAUAUUAAUUCUAAGGCGGUCUGCUUAAUUUGCGGUCAGUCUGUCGCUGUGCUAAAAGAGUACAAUAUCCGCCGGCAUUAUGAAACGAGGCAUGCAGCAUUCUCAAGGUUCAAAGGCGAGGCACGGAAGACAAAGAGACGAGAGUUGUUAGCUAAACUUCGCUCACAACAAAACACGCUCACACGACCCUCGUCAGCCCAGGAAAGCGCAACACAGGCCAGCUAUGAGAUUUCAGCUCUAAUUGCCAGGAGUGGACGUUCAUUUUCUACAGGGGACUUUGUUAAAGAAUGCUUAUCCACGGCUGCAAAGCUAGUGUGUCCCGCUCAGGCAAGAGCUUUCUCCCAGAUCAGCCUCUCAGCUAAUUAUUACGGAGAUGUUUGACCACAUAAAGGCCUUUCAGAGAAAACUGCAGCUACUGUGUCGACAUCUGUCAGCAGGAAACCUGGCUCACUUCCCCAGUCUGAGAGAGGUAAACCUGGUACAACACAAACUGUCUGAAUAUGCAACACUUGUCAGCAACCUAGACCUGGAGUUUGAAAUGCGCUUUCAGGACUUCAGGAAGAAUUCAGGUGACAUGGAGCUGUUUUCCCAACCCUUCAGCACAAGUGUGGACUGUGUCCCUGAUCACAUUCAGAUGGAGCUGAUUGAGUUUCAGUGCGAUUCAGAGCUGAGGAAUAAAUUCAUGUCACUGAAACUGAAGGACUUCUAUACACGUCUCACCAGAACGGUACCCAAACAUUAGGAAGCAUGCACAGGUGAUGUUAUCUCUGUUUGGCAGCACCUACAUUUGUGAACAGACUUUCAGUGUAAUGAACCUUAACAAAACCAGGCUCAGAAGUACUCUGACUGAUCUACACCUGCAGGACGUUCUCACCCUCUCAGUUAGUCGGCUUCAGCCUGAUAUUGAGAGGCUGGUC